AGAAGAAAGCGACGGAGCACAGCAACACAGAGGUCUGUUUGGUCCCGGGCAGCGGAGCUCGAGCUAUGGCGGCACCGAAGAGCGCGGGUCACGACGAAGAGCCUGAGCUUGGAGCGAGUGUAUGGAGAAUUGCAAGACGGUGGCUUCCAUGAGAGGCAAGAAUACGUCGGUAGAAUUGCAGAUUGUUGAAUUCAGGAAGAAAUUGGAUUCGUGAUGGCUUGUGCCUCAGCUCAGGCCGUCCGUCCGCUGGCGAUCGUGUUGCCGUGCAGCUCCUCGCGUAGGGGGCUGUGCAGCUUGCUAGGCGAAGUGGUUCAUCUUUAAAGGUUGAUGUAGCAGUUUAUGAUUGACUCGGAGAUUGGGGCGCAGUGAUUUGGUUUGUAGUCCCAGGAAACCGAGAUGGAACACUCGGAUGAAUUAGGGCAGCUCAAUGUGCUUCUACUAUGUGGCGCAGAGUCAGAUUUUUGAGGCUGAAAGUAGAAAGUUGCCCAGUGGUAGAAAAGGGAAAAAUGGGGGUUUGGAAGAUUCGGAAAUUCGAAAUUCUCCUUCAAAUGGAUUGGCACUACCAGACUUCGAGGACGAUGAUACAACACAAACUAAAGAUUCCGAUGCCAGGAAGAGGAAACUGAAGGGUUCGUCCAAGCUGAAAGGCAUGCAGAAUGUUGUCACUAGAAGCAACUCUUCUACGCGGAUGGGGAGGAAGAAGAGAAUAAAGAGGACGUCGAGGAUGUUGAAAUUGAAUAUGUGUCUGAGGAGCCAGACUUUGCGGACAGUAAUGGACACUUGAACCCUCUGAUUGAAGACUUUGUUCGCGUUUUUGAGAAGUUCACAAAUGCAGAAGAAUUGUGUCGGUUGCUAGAAAGGAAGAUGGAGUCAAGGAGGAAGCUGCUCCUGUCGAGGAGGCUAAGAAAAAAUAAAAAUCGACUCGGACGACUCGGAUGAAUCUGACCAGGAUAUUAACAAGAGUAUAUCGAAUAAGAAAAAGAACCUUCAGCGUUGUAUGAAGAUUGCAGAACUCAAACAGCGGUGCUUUAAACCGGAUGUCGUCGAGGUAUAGGAUGCGACUGCAGCUGAUCCACGGCUUCUCGUCUUUCUCAAGGCUUAUCGCAAAACGGUACCUGUACCAAGGCAUUGGUGUCAAAAGCAGAAGUUUCUAUAGGGUAAGCGUGGUAAUGAGAAGCAGCCAUUCCAGCUUCCUGAUUUCAUCGCAGCAACUGGAAUUUAGAAAAUCUGACAGGCGUGUAUCAAGAAGGAGGAUAGUAAGAAGCUAAAGCAAAACAAAGAACUAAAAGAAGAAGCUGAGAGGAUACGUUCAGAGCUACAACGCAUUACAGAUGACAAGGAACAGAGGGCUAGUCAGAUUCAAACACUCAUGGACGAGAACGUGCGGUACAAGGAGUGCAGAGGGAAAACCGCAGCUGAGCUCGAGCAUCUUAGCAACAAGGCGACCGAGGAAGUUUAUACCUCCCAGGCCGAUGCGAUAAAGGCCUUAAGGCAAGAACUGGACUUCCCCCACCAGAAGCUCAAGAUGGCUGAAGCAAGGAUAGAGGAGAAUGAGUCCAAAGGUGAUGUGUACAAGGGAAAUCUGGAAGAAGUUCAGCAAAGGCUUUUGGAAGCAGAAGUAGACUUCAUGGAGGGGAUAUCGGGGAGGAAGUUUGAAAUUAACGGUGAAGAUUAGGUUACACUGGUGAAGAUUGCUCAAUCUUCACCAGUGUAACCUGCUAGGGCGGCGAUACAUGGGGCUGUCCAUCCGACGGCCAAUCGAUUGCGGCUAAAGGUUUCCAGCGCCGUAUGUAACAGGUGUGUGAGUUUACAUGGCAACGUGUG